CGUUUCGCGUGAGGAACUUCCAUUCCAAAAACGUUUUUCUAAAAAUAAAGCGCGAGCAAGUUCAUUGAAUUUAUGUUUUGUCGCGCCCAUUUGUUGCAAACGGUCGAUGGUAAUGAUACCUAAUAAUAUAACGCACAUCUACGAAUUUAAAUUGCGAAAAAAUGCGUUGAAAAUCAAAAAACAUGAUAUUAAUAUUGAUGUUCGUGUUUUGGUGCGUUUGUAAUGCACGUGGUUUUGAAAAAGAAACGUAUAACAUCGGUGGCAUUUUCAGCGAUGAAACCCAAAAACUAGCCUUCCAAAUAGCCACUUACAGAGCAAACAACAAAUAUCCUCUGUCAGAGUUCAAGUUAGUACCAAUUACAUUCCAAAUAUCCCCAUUCGACACUUUGCAGAUGUACAAAGUAACUUGCGAUCUGCUUCAAAUGGGCAUCGUUGGUCUAUUCGGACCAAGUUCUACAUAUUCCUCGCCAUAUAUUCAAUCAGUUUGCGAUGCCAAGGAAAUUCCUCAUAUAGAAAUGCAUGUCGAUUUCCACAUCAAAAGAAAUGAUACGUUGGUAAAUAUACAUCCUCAUCCGCAAGUGCUGUCCAGACUGUACAAGGACUUGAUCAGGACGUAUGACUGGAAAAGGGCUAUCGUUUUGUACGAAGAUGAGGACAGUUUGAUGAGCGUUGGGCCACUUUUGGAAUACCACAAUCAAAUAGGAAGGAAAAUAAUCCUGAAACAACUGGAGACUACUGACACCGGAAACUACAGGUCUUUACUAACCGAGGUCAAGUCCUUGGGAGAAACGAAUUUCGUAUUAGCCUGUUCGAUAGACAGUCUUGAGGAUAUCCUAAAACAGCUGCAACAGAUUGGAAUGAUGACCGAAACGUACAGCUACAUUAUUACUAAUUUGGAUACGCAGACUGUUGAUUUAACUCCUUUUCAAUAUGCUGGAACCAAUAUUACAGCGAUUCGAAUGUUGAAUCCAGAAUUAACGGAGGUUAUGGAGAUAGCGGAUAAUUUACAACGACUGCGCAAAGAAACUUCAUCCAAUGUUCCGAUCCUCCUUCAGGCCUGGAGAACGAAACUAGAAACGGCUUUAAUUUUCGAUGCAGUAGAAUUAUUUUAUGACACUCUCUAUAAUCUCACUGUUGGCAAAAAGAAAGUGAUUGCAGCGGUUCCAGUGGAAUGUGCUGGUGACAGUACUUGGAAUGAGGGAUAUUCUAUAAUCAAUUUGAUGAAAUCAAAAAUCGUGGAUGGUCUAUCAGGAAAUGUCCAGUUCGAUGUGGAAGGUUUACGAACAAAUUUCAUGGUAGACAUUUUAGAACUCUCUUUGGGGGGAUUAAUGAAAAUAGGAGAGUGGAAUUCGACUAUGAGAAGUUUUAAAUUUCAAAGACCCCAGAAGCCACAAAAAAUUAAAGAACAUAAUGUUUUUAAUACGACCUUUACCGUUUUGAUUAGUAUAAAUCCACCGUAUCAAAUGUUGACAGAAACCACGGCUCAACUAGUUGGUAAUGACAGAUACGAAGGGUUCGGUAUCGAUGUUAUACAGGAACUAUCGAAACUUUUGGGCUUUAAUUAUACAUUUGUCGAGCAGGAGGAUGGAUCAUACGGUGUUUUAAAUAAAACUACCGGAAUAUGGGACGGAAUGAUGGGCGAAAUCAUCGCAGGGCGAGCUGAUCUGGCAAUAACCGAUUUGACCAUAACUUCAGAACGAGAGAGCGCUGUCGAUUUUUCAGAACCGUUCAUGAAUUUGGGUAUCAGCAUCCUCUAUAGAAAACCAGAACCAGUUCCGCCAAGCUUGUUUAUGUUUGUCUCGCCAUUUUCCUUUACAGUGUGGUUACUGUUAGGCGUGUCAUAUCUUAUAGUGUCGAUCGCCAUAUUUAUAAUGGGAAGAUUGUCUCCAAGCGAAUGGCAAAAUCCAUAUCCAUGCGUGGAGGAACCCCAAUAUCUGAUCAACCAAUUUUCAUUCAGAAACAGCUUCUGGUUCAUUUUAGGAGCGUUGAUGCAACAGGGUUCCGAACUAGCUCCAAUAUCGAUUUCAACGCGAACCGUUUCCGGUUUCUGGUGGUUCUUCGUGCUGACCAUGGUCUCUUCUUACACCGCCAAUUUGGCAGCGUUCCUCACGGUUACCACGCUCGUUACGCCAUUCAAUGAUAUCGAUGAAUUGGCCGAGCAAAAAGAAAUCAAAUUCGGCGCGAAAAAUAAAGGGGCUACAGCAAAUUAUUUUAGGGAUUCAAAUUUAACGAAAUAUAAGAAAAUUUGGAGUUACAUGGUGCACAAUCCCGAUUUAAUGUUAGACGAUAACGAGGCGGGUGUGAAGAAGGUCGAAACUGAAAAUUAUGCGUUUUUGAUGGAGUCUACGACUAUAGAAUACGUCACAGAAAGACAUUGCGCUCUAGCUCAAGUUGGUGGACUACUUGAUGAUAAAGGAUAUGGCAUUGCUAUGAAGAAAUUUUCUCCUUAUAGAAAUGAAAUUAGUACUGCUAUUCUUCAGUUGCAAGAAAAGGGUGUCUUAACUGAACGUAAAAUAAAAUGGUGGAAGGAAAAGAGAGGGGGAGGAAAAUGUUCUGCCAAAAAAGAAAAUAGCGAAGCAACAGCUUUGGAUUUACAAAAUGUUGGUGGCGUAUUCCUGGUUCUUUUCGUUGGAUCAAUUCUAGGUGUGUUGGGAUCGCUAGCGGAAUUUAGUUGCUACAUUUACAGAAGAUCAAAGAAAGAGAAAAUAUCUUUUAAAGAAGAAUUCCAGAAAGAAAUGAGAUUCAUCAUAAAUUUCAAGCAGAAUGUCAAGGAGGUGAAUACUUUGCCAAACGAGAGCAGCAGUGAUAAGAAUUUGCUAGAUGUUACUAAAUAUAAUUAUUAAGACAAAUAACUGGAUUUUCUUUGAUG